UUCCCCGCACCUCCAGGAUAACCCACGACAAGCUGGACAAGUCAGGCCCGCGACCUGUGUUGACAGUAAUAUGGGCGUCCGUCGCAACUCUGCCGCGAGCUCCUGGACAAAAACGCCUCGGGAACGCGGGAACCGCCAUCGCGGGCCCGCGGGUCAGCGGUCUGAAAGCCAGCUGGGUCGUUGGAGAGGAGCAAUGAGGAGGGGGAGGAAGGAGGAGGAGGAGGAGGAGGAGGAGGAGGAGAGGAGGAGGAGAGGAAGACCACCACGCCAUGUCACAGGGUGACGAUGACGGUCGGCAUGCCGUUGUCGGUGCCACUGCCCUGGAAGUCCAGGGGCUCUGAGUUGUCACCGCAGCCGCCGCCGCCGCCAGGGGCAGCCGACAGAAGCAAGACCACCUGCUUGAUCGGCGACUUGGUGGUGCCCUGUGUGCCUGUCCGAGAGGUCUCCGAGCUCCGGAACAGGAAGCGGCGGAUGGAGGAGGCCUGCAUGCAUGGCAUCGCGCCUGGUAGGGUAAUCGAUGGAAUUACCUGCACUCGCGCGGGGCACGUGUAAAGGUAACGGCUCGAACCAAAACUGCUACGGCAGAGCCCUGCAGCAAGCCUCUUGGGCCGUCUUGGGGCGAUCUUGGAGGCCUCGCGGGCACCCCUGUAUGCUCCGAAGGCUCCAACGACAUAUCUUCUAAGAGUAUACGUUGUACGCAGCACCCUGCAAAUGCGGAUAAGAGUGAUGGGGGCGGUGGG